AGCUUACGCAUGGUUUGCGACUAUUCCGGAACCAAAACCUCUUUUACGCGUAAUUUAGGAUUACAUGUUACAUAAUCGUGUUAUAUGCAUUUAAGUGCAUCUGAUAACUCUUCCUACAUCGCGUAUUUUAUGGAAAACGCAAUUGAAUGUGCUAAGUAGACUUCUUCUUGUUUGAAUGUGUCUAUUGAGGUCAGUCUAUUCCCCUUAAUCUUGUUUCAUGGCUUCGGGAAUUGCUCAACCUGUACUCUUUCUCAGUUCGCGAGAGGGCGAGUAUGUUUUACGUGAUGAGCUCGUUCUUCGAGCUCCACAACAGCAUCAUUUAGUUGCGCAUCCGUUAGACCCAAAUGGUCACACAUUUUUCACAUGGCCGAUUGAGCUAGUUGUUGUACGGAUGAAUUACGAUGAACUGGUCAUGAACCCAGACUUCGUUGCAAACAUUAAGAAAAACAACGGUGUAUUUACUGCUGAUGACAGCCACGAAUAUCCUUCCGUUCUUUUGGACUUGACUCGCUCUCACAAACGCUCCUAUUCCACCUCUUCGUCUCAUCACUUAAAGCUUCAUCGCUCAACACAUCGUUCAUCCGCUAAUCGGUCCAGCACAUUUGUAAGGAGCAUGUGCUUCAGUGACCACUUCCUUAAGCUUCUUUCCUCUAAAACAAAUUGUAAUGUUUUUGGUUUUGCUAUUUUUGAAAAUAGCUUCUACUGGGUUGAUCUCAGCAAGGCGACAACAAACGAUUUUUUAUGUCAGAUAACAUUCGCCCAGUCGAGGCCCACUAGUCUUGACUUGAACAUGCUUUCUAAGAGCUCAUUCCGAUUGGAUCUUGUAGUGGGUCUUGAUUCAGGAGACAUUGUUUGGUACAAUCCUUUAAACUUGCAAUACAUCCGAUUAAAUAAAGGGGGAUGUUUUAAUGACUCGCCUAUAGUUACUGUUAAAUGGGUUCCGGGUUACGAGACGCUCUUUUUAGCUGUCCAUAAAAAUGGAUGGCUUUCUAUAUAUGACACACAACGCUCCGAUCAACCUGUUCACCUAGUCGUUAAUGAUAGAGUGAGACGGAAGAUUUCAUCAGGAUUAUCCAGGUCACUUUUGGUUAUCAAGAGUACGCAUUCUACUGAUGACAAAAAAUUUAAUCCAGUUUCCUGCUAUGCCAUCCCAGAUGUAAAAAUCACCGCAGCAUCAUUUAGCCCAGAAUGUCAGCACAUUGCUGUUGUGACUAGUGACGGAAAGCUUAUUAUUGUUGAUUAUUUGCGAGAACGUAUUUCAGAUAUAUUUUCCAGUUACUAUGGAGGCUUUUCCUGCGUAGCAUGGUCUCCCGAUGGAAAGUUUCUCAUCACUGGCGGUGAAGACGAUCUGAUUUCCGUGUGGUCUUUUCCUGCACGGAAAUUGUUUGCUCGCGGACAAGGACACAAAUCAUUUGUAAAAGCCGUCGUUUUUGAUGAAUGGCGUUGCGACGGCGACAGUUACCGUUUUGCGAGCGUGGGUAUGGAUUGUCAACUAUUACUCUGGGACUUCAGCGUUGGCGCUAUCCAUAGACCGAAAUCCUCAAUGACCCGACGUUCACUAAAUCUGAAUACAAGGGCAAGUUCAUUAAGUAUGUUAAACGAGCUGACACCGAUGAUUACCAACUCAAGCGAGGACCAGGGAUUGGGUUUCGGUAGUUCCGAAGAAGAAAUCGUACAUGAGUUACCUCCUUGCUCAACUGUUCCUCUUGUCACGCCGGUAGCUGCUCACAAAGUUGAUAACGCCCCAGUCACUUCUAUUUGCUUCCAACCUGACUGCAUGAUUAUCGCUGGUAUAGGUGGUAGAAUAAGAGUUUGGCAGCGACCUUGAUUUUCUAAUUUGUCCAUUCACAUUUGUCAUGUUAAUGUCUUACUGCUCGCUUGACGGGUGUAUAUUAUUUCUAGUUACUUUGAAUUAUCUACUUUCAUUAAAUGCUUGGCUGUUUUUUUGUAACUUUUCGUAUUUGGUUGUUUAAAAUAUAUAUUAAAAUCAGUUAUGCUCAACUCUUGUGUGAAUUUAACUUACUUAACUCCCUAUAUAAUUUUCAUAU